AGAAAUGAAAUGAAAAAAAAAAUUCUAAAGCACAACCUGUUGCCUUUCAUUUCGGUAUUGUAACAUGUGGUCAGUGUUUUUCCUGUUGCUUUUGCAGUAAUUUUUUCUUUCUUUGCAUUGAGUGUUUUUUUUUCUUCAUAACAGAAGGGUUUUAAUUUCAUAUAAUUAAAAGUCAGAAGCAUGAUGAGUUCGUUGACCAAACUUGAAAAAUGUGAUCUCCCUGAAAAUUCACCCAUGUCAGUAUUAAAUAACAGUGUGUGUAUGUGUUGAUUUGCUAAGGGCAAAAUUACAUAGGUGAACCCACAGCCUCAAAUUUGGACCCCUAACUCCCUGGAGGAAAUCAGGUUGAAGGUUUCCAGCCUGACCAGGCCUGGAUGCUUCUCAUGCUCUAGAAUGAGUAAAUUCCUCCAUCUGUGAUGUUGUUGCCAGAAGGAAGAGGUCUAUGGAGCUACAUGAGGAAUGCAAGUAUGUGCUCUGAAAGGCUGGAGGCUGAUCUGCCUUAAAUGCAAAUACCCUCAGAGUGGAGCAUUGCCCUGAGCCUGGGAGGAGGUCCUGCCCAGGGAAAGAACUGAAAGCCAAGGACCUGUCACUCCCUUCUUACUCAAUACUGUCUUCCCCUCACCUUUCUUCUGUUUCAGGUCCCAGGUGUGACACAGGGAGAACUAGUCCACUCCAGGCAGCUGGGGACCUAGGGUGACCAUCUUGCAUAUCUUUGCAGUCACAAGUAAGGAUUUCAACUGCUCUAACUGGUGUGUGGACCAAACAUUAUUUAUCUCUCUCCAGACUGCCCAGUGGCUCUGCUUCUACUCUCAUCCAUCCCUCCUUCUGAAGUGGCUUUUUGGGCUCUGAGAGGACACUGACUUAGACUUCCAGAAGCUGGAGCAAGGACAUGGAUUCAGUGGUCAUUGAGGAUGUGGCUGUGGAGUUUACCCAGGAAGAGUGGGCUCUACUGGAUCUUGCUCAGAGGACACUCUACAAAGAUGUGAUGAUGGAAACUUUCAGAAACCUGGCCUCAGUAGUUUCUCAAAACCUUAAUGAUGGAGAAAAGUUAUGCAGUGAAUAUCUAAUAGUGGAAUUCAUGAAGAAUGAUAUUUGCUCCUCUAUAUUAGGAGAAAUCUGCAAAUGGCAUGGCAUUGAAGAUCAGCAUAAAAAUCAGGGGAGACAUGAGAGGUGUGUUAUAAAGAAACUUUUUGAAAAUAAUGAAGAAAAUCAAGGUGGAAAAACCUACAGAUGGAUUCCAAAUCUUGCUGCGUUCAAAAGAACUCCUAAUGUAAAUUCGUCUGAAUGCCACGAGUGUGGAAAAUCCUUCAUCGAUCACUCAUCACUUAAGCAUCAUAUCAGAUCUCACUCAGGUUGCAGUACUUAUCAAUGUAAGAAAUGUACAGAAGCCUACAGGUGUUCCUCUGACCCAAGCAUUCCUGUAAGUACUCUUACUGAAGAGAAACCUUAUAAAUGUAAGGUGACAGCACUCACUGGAGAGAAACCCUAUGAAUGUAACAAGUGUGGGGGAGAUUUCUGUAGUUUCUCAUUCUUUUGGACACAUGCGAGAGGUUGUAAGUGUGAAUGUAAAGAACGUCAGAAAAUCCAUCCCUCAUCACACCUUUUACAAAAAAAAUUUCAUAGUGGGGAUAAGCCUUAUAAAUGUAAAAAAUAUGGGGAAGGCUUCAGUCGUUCGUCGUCAUUCACUAUACAUACAGGAACUCACAGUGGAGACAGGCCUUAUGAAUGUAAGCACUGUGGAAAAGCCUGUAGUAAUUCCUCAGCCCUCGCUACACAUUUAAGAACUCACAGUGGAGAGAAGCCUUAUGAAUGUAAGGAAUGUGGGAAAGCCUUUAGAUAUUACUCAUCCCUUACUACGCAUGUAAGAGUUCACACUGGAGAGAAGCCUUAUGUAUGUAAGGACUGUGGGAAAGCCUUUAUUCGUUCCUCCUGCCUCAGUAGACAUGUUAGAAUUCACAGUGGAGAGAGGCCAUAUGAAUGUAAGGAAUGCGGGAAAGGCUUCAGUCGUUUCUCCUAUCUCGCUAGACAUGUAAAAACUCACAGUGAAGAGAGGCCUUUUGAAUGUAAGGAAUGUGGGAAAGCCUUUAGAUAUUACUCAUCCCUUGCUACACAUGUAAGAGUUCACUCUGGAGAGACACCUUAUGUAUGUAAGGACUGUGGGAAAGCCUUUAGUCGUUCCUCUCACCUCGCUAAACAUAGAAGUGUUCGCACUAGAGAGAGGCCUUAUGAAUGUAAGGAAUGUGGGAAAGUCUUUUGUCGUUUUUCGUACUUUACUAGACAUUUAAGAACUAAUAGUGGAGAGAAGCCUUACGAAUGUAAGAAAUGUGGGAAAACUUUCAGAAAUUAUUCAUCUCUCACUCAACAUACAAGAAUUCACAGUGGAGAGAGGCCUUACGAAUGUAAGGAAUGUGGGAGAGCCUUUACUAGUUUCUCAUACCUCACUAGACAUAUAAGAACUCACAGUGGAGAUAAGCCUUACGAAUGUAAAGAAUGUGGGAAAGCGUUUAGAUAUUACUCAUCCCUCAUUCACCAUGUAAGAACUCACAGUGGAGAGAGACCAUAUGAAUGUAAAGAAUGUGGGAAAGCCUUUACUAGCGUCUCAUCCCUCAAUAGACAUAUAAAAACUCACAGUGAAAAUAUACCUUAUACAUGUAAGGAAUGUAGGAAGACCUUUAGAGAUUACUCAUCCCUUACUAGACAUAUAAGAACUCACAGUGGAGAGAAGCCUUAUGAAUGUGAGGAAUGUGCGAAAGCCUUUACUAGUUUCUCAUCCCUCGCUAGACACGUAAGAACUCACGGUGGAGACAAGCCUUGAAUAACUCUGAGUGGAGAGAAGCCUUAUGAAUGUAAGGAAUGUGGGAAAACUUUUAGUUCUUCCUCAUCCUUCACUAAACAUGUAAGAACUCACAGUGGAGAGAGGCCUUAUGAAUGUAAGGAGUGUGGGAAAGCCUUUAGUCAGUUUUCAGAUCUCACUAGACACAUAAGAAUCCACAGUGGAGAGAAGCCUUAUGAAUGUAAGGCAUGUGGGAAAGCCUUUCGCUAUCUUUCAAACCUCACUAGACAUAUAAGAACUCACAAUGGGGAGAGACCUUAUAAAUGUAAGGAAUGUGGGAAAGCCUUUAGUCGUUCGUCAUUCCUCGCUACACAUAUACGAACUCACAGUGGAGAGAGGCCUUAUGAAUGUAAGGAAUGUGGGAAAGCACUUAGUUCUUCCUCAUCCUUCCGUAACCAUAUGAGAACUCACAGUGGAGAGAGGCCUUAUGAAUGUAAGGAAUGUGGGAAAGCAUUUAGUGCUUCCUCAUCUUUCCGUAAACAUAUAAAAACUCACAGUGGCGAGAAGCCUUAUGAAUGUAAGGAAUGUGGGAAAGCCUUUAGUCAGGUUUCAGAUCUCACUAGACAUGUAAAUGCUCACAGUGGAGAGAAACCUUAUGAAUGUAAGGAAUGUGGGAAAGCCUUUAGUCAGUGUUCACAACUUACUAGACAUGAAAGAGCUCACAGUGGAGACAGGCCUUAUGAAUGUAAGGUAUGUGGGAAAGCCUUUAAUCAGUCCUCUCACCUUGCUAGCCACAUAAGAACUCAUAGUGGAGACAGACCUUAUAAAUGUAAGGAAUGUGGGAAAACCUUCAGUCAGUCUUCACAUCUCACUAGCCAUAUAAGAACACACAAUGGAGACAGGCCUUAUAAAUGUAAGGAAUGUGGAAAAACCUUUAAUCAGUCUUCACAUCUCACUAGCCAUAUAAGAACGCAUAGUGGAGACAGGCCUUAUGAGUGUAAGGAAUGUGGGAAAUCCUUUAGUGAUUACUCAUCCCUCACUAGACAUAUAAGAACUCACCUUGGAGAGAGAACUUAUGAAUGUCAGGAGUGUGGAAAGGCCUUUAAUUCUUCCUCAUCCAUCCAUAAACAUGUUAGAACUCACAAUGGAGAUAGGCUUUAUGAUAGAAAUGUUGGAAAGCCUUUAGUCAGUUCUCAUUCCUCACUAAACAUAGAUGAGUUCACAGUAUGGAGAGGCCUUACGAGUAUUAAGAAUGUCAGUACACCGUAGUCCUCAUACUUCACUAACCAUAUAAAAUAGCAGUAGAGGGAAGCCUUAUGAAUGUAAGGAAUGUAGGAAAGUCUUUGCUAUUUUCACCUCAAGGAACACAAAAGAAGUCUUAGCAGAAAGAAAGUUAUGUAUGUAAAGAAGUGUAAAGUCUAGUUAUUCCUCAUGCAGCACUAAACAAGGGCUAACCAUGGAUAGAAGCCUCAUGAAUGUAAUGAAUGUGAGACAGCCUUUUAAUCCUCGUUUGAUAAAAUGUGCGAAAGUACACUACAAAGAAACAAUAUAUGUGUAAAAGUAAUGUCGGAAGGCUUUUGGGAAUCCCUUUUCUUUUAAAAAACCUGAAGGAAAACACAUGGGAGAAAAACCAUGUAAAGAAUGUGAUAUGGGAAAGUUUUUGCUUUUCCUCCUGUACUUUCCUGGAUGCGAGGAAUCACGCAUAUGGGAAAGCAUUUGAUUAUUACUUGUGCUAAAUAUGUGAGUUGUCAAGGAUUUUAUUUUACUUGGAUAUACAAUCAGCACUCAUAGACGCAGCAGUCAGGAAAUCAACACACUGCAUUGGUCAAACCUGUAAAAGACCUCUUUAAAGUGUUAAAAAGCAAAGAUGUCACAAUAAGGACUAAGGUGCGCCUGUACCAAGCCAUGGUGUUUUUUUAUUGCCUCAUACGUAUGCGAAAGAUGGGCACUGAAUAAGGAAGAUCAAAGAAUAAUUGAUGGCUUUGAAUCACGGUGUUGGCAAAGAAUGUUGAAUAUACCAUGGACUGACAGAAGAACAAACAACUCUGUUUUGGAAGAGGU